AGAACACAUUCAUCAUUCCCGCCAUCGAGGUUGUCUUGGCUUGUCGCACACGCAAUCCAUUUAAAGAGAAUACCAAAUUAUUCAAUUUCUAUAUGAAGCGAAGAUGGUGACAAUUCGUUUAAACCCUAACCCUAAUCUCGUUUCUCUUCUUCUCAUUGCUCGUCUUCUCCUCCUCCUCCUCGAUCGCCAUGCAGCUGUGCAGCCCGUCCUCCACCAUCAAUGGCUCCAGCGCCGAUGCCGGCACGAUGCUGCCGACCAGUCCUCUCGUUUCUUUUCUUCAAUCUCUCCAAUCGGCGGCGCUGAAGACCUUUGGACCGAACUCCUUCGAUCCGAAGCUCUAUGUUGAUCUCCCUCUCAAGCAUAGCCUCGCCGCCACCAAGGCCGCCUUCUCGGAUCUCACUCAGUCGCCGUGCGAUGGCAAAAUCCCUGCUACGGAGCUCAAGGUAUUCUUGGCCCGGUACUUCGAGGAGGCUGGAUCUGAUCUGGUGCUUGCUUUGCCGGUGGAUUUUGUUCCCGAACCGGCGGCCUUUUUGCCGAAUGUGGAGAAUCCGAUUGUUAGGGCUUGGGCUCUGGAGGUGCAUUCUUUGUGGAAGAAUUUGAGCCGCAGGGUUUCCGAUUCGGUGAAGGAUCAUCCGGAGAUGCAUACAUUGUUGCCGCUGCCGGAGCCGGUGGUGGUGCCGGGAUCUCGCUUCCGUGAGGUUUAUUACUGGGACUCGUAUUGGACUAUCAGGGGCUUACUAGCAAGCAAAAUGUAUGAUACCGCAAAGGCUAUAGUCUGUAAUCUUAUUUCCCUUAUUGAUACUUAUGGCCAUGUCCUGAAUGGAGCAAGGUCCUACUACAGUAACAGGAGCCAACCUCCCCUAUUGAGUUCAAUGGUUUUUGAUAUAUACAAAAGAACUGGUGAGCUGGCACUUGUGAAGAAGGCUCUGCCGGCACUGCUCAAAGAACAUCACUUCUGGAAUUCAGGAAUUCAUAAAGUGGCAAUUAAGGAUGUUCAUGGACGCAGACACACUUUGAGCAGGUAUUAUGCAAUGUGGAACAAACCUCGGCCAGAAAGUGCAACGACUGAUGAGGAAUCAGCUUCUAAACUAUCAAAUGAUGUUGAGAAGGAAAAGUUUUACCGUGAGCUUGCUUCGACUGCAGAAUCUGGCUGGGAUUUUAGCUCACGGUGGAUGAGCAACUCGUCUGACUUAACAACUUUGUCAACAACAUCAAUUUUACCUGUAGACCUAAAUGCAUUCCUUUUCAAGAUGGAGCAUGAUAUUUCCUUCUUUGCUGAACUUGUUGGAGAUGGUUUUACAUCAGAGAAAUUCAUGAAGGCUUCAAAAGCACGGUAUGCAGCUAUGAAGUCCAUAUUUUGGAAUGCAACUAUGGAACAAUGGCUUGACUAUUGGCUUAUUGACCAGAGUGAUGAUGAGUUGGUGCAUCAAUGGAAAGCUGAAAAUCAAAACCGCAACAUUUUUGCAUCAAACUUCAUUCCCGUGUGGAUGGAGACAUAUUCUUCAGACCGAACAAAUGUGAAUAAGAUUGUGAACAGUCUCAAAAGGUCAGGUCUUGUUCAUGCUGCUGGAAUUGCAACUUCAUUAUCAAACACAGGGGAACAGUGGGAUUUUCCAAAUGGUUGGGCUCCAUUGCAACAUAUGAUUGCAGAAGGCUUGGCCAAAUCAGGAUCAAUGAAAGCAAGGUCUGUCGCUGAGGAUAUUGCCAUAAAAUGGAUCAAAACAAAUUAUGCUGCUUACAAUACAACUGGUACCAUGCACGAAAAGUAUGACGUAGAGUCGUGUGGAAAGAUUGGUGGCGGCGGUGAAUAUAAACCUCAGACGGGGUUUGGGUGGUCCAAUGGAGUAGUACUGGCAUUUCUAGAAGAAUUUGGAUGGCCUCUUGACAGGGACAUUGAUUGCUAACACAAAUAACCACAUUCUAAAGUUUAUAACAAAUUCAACAUGUCUGAUGUCAUGCCCACAAAUGACAAUCAAAUUUUGCAGCAUCUGAAAACACAUCUUCAAAAGAUUCUCUGAAGGUGUUGCUUUGUUGUAUUCUAUGUUUUCAAUAGUUUGUUAAUUUUGGACACUCAAUGCCCUUUGUUAAAAGUCUCAGGCCCAAACUGUCCUACUUUGUGUUAAGGCCUAUUAAUAAAUAAAUAGCUCGAGUUUUUAUUUA